CUCUCUCCAUUCAUCAGUGUCUUCUUCCCACCCCCAGAGUCCAAGGUUCCACUGGGUGGGUGGGGUGAGCCGUGCUGGGCACCGCAGUGGGUGCUCAGGGCUGGUCGGUGGGUGGGAGGCGAUGGGCUUCGAGGAGUUGCUGGACCAGGUAGGCGGCUUUGGGCCCUUCCAGCUGUGGAAUGUGGCACUGCUGGCACUGCCCCGCCUGCUGCUGCCCCUGCACUUCCUCCUGCCUAUCUUCCUGGCGGCUGUGCCAGCCCACCGCUGUGCCCUGCCCGGCGCCCCUGCCAACUUCAGUCAUCCGGAUGCAUGGCUGGAGGCCCACCUGCCCCAAGAGUCCGACGGCUCCUUCAGCUCCUGCCUCCGCUUCACUUACCCCAAGACCCUCCCCAACGCCACCUGGGGGCGUGAGGGGCAGAGUCCUGGGGAGCCGGAUGGGGCCCCCUCCACAGUGCCUUGCCCUCAGGGCUGGGAGUACGAUCGCUCCGAGUUCUCCUCCACCAUUGCUACCGAGGCACAGUGGGACCUGGUGUGUGAACAGAAAGGCCUGAAUCGCGCUACUUCCACCUUCUUCUUUGCCGGAGUGCUGGUGGGGGCCGUGUCCUUCGGCUACCUGUCCGACAGGUUUGGGCGACGCCGUCUGCUGCUGGUGGCCUACGUGAGUACUCUGGUACUGGGCCUGGUGUCUGCAGCCUCAGUCAGCUACGUCAUGUUCGCCAUCACUCGAACCCUCACGGGCACUGCCCUGGCUGGUUUCACCAUCAUUGUGAUGCCGCUGGAGCUGGAGUGGCUGGAUGUGCACCACCGCACUGUAGCCGGUGUCCUGAGCAGCACCUUCUGGACAGGGGGCGUGAUGCUACUGGCGCUGAUCGGCUACCUGAUUCGGGACUGGCGGUGGUUACUGCUGACUGUUACCCUUCCAUGUGCCCUAGGCAUCGUCAGCCUUUGGUGGGUGCCUGAGUCUGCACGCUGGCUUCUGACCCAGGGCCGGGUGGAGGAGGCCCACAGGUACCUGCUCCGCUGUGCCAGGCUCAAUGGGCGGCCCGUGGGUGAGGACGGCCUCAGCCGGGAGGCCCUGAGCAAAGUGGCCGCCGGGGAGCGGAUGGCUCAAAGACCCUCGUACCUUGACCUGUUCCGGACUCCGCGGCUCCGACACAUCUCCCUGUGCUGCAUGGUGGUGUGGUUCGGGGUGAACUUCUCCUACUACGGCCUGAGCCUGGACGUGUCGGGGCUGGGCCUGGACCUGUACCAGACGCAGCUGCUGUUCGGGGCCGUGGAGCUGCCCUCCAAGGUGCUCGUCUACCUGGCCGUGCGCCACGCCGGGCGCCGCCUCACGCAGGCCGGCACGCUGCUGGGCACGGCCUUGGCCUUGGGCGUCCGCCUGCUGCUGACCUCGGAGUCGGGGUCCUGGAGCAGCGCCCUGGCGGUGAUGGGCAAAGGGUUCUCGGAAGCCGCCUUCACCACGGCCUACCUGUUCACCUCCGAGCUGUACCCGACCGUGCUCAGACAGACAGGGAUGGGGCUCACUGCACUGGUGGGCCGGCUCGGGGGCUCCUUGGCCCCCCUGGCAACCCUGCUGGAUGGAGUAUGGCUGUCGCUGCCCCAGCUCGCUUAUGGGGGUACCGCCCUGCUGGCUGCCUGUACCGCGCUCCUGCUGCCAGAAACCAGGCAAGCACAGCUACCAGAGACCAUCCAAGACGUGGAGAGGAAGAGCACACCAUCAAGUCUGCAGGAGGAAGAGGUGCCCAUGAAGCAGGUCCAGGACUGA